AUGACUUCCACCACGAAUGUUCUUCUUCGACAACCAGGGUCUGUGACGCAAGUCGCGCCCGAGCCGUACACAGCCACUAUUUCUCGUGAGCAAGUCCUCGCUCUCCUUAAAACGACGGCCGUGGGUCAGCGGGAUUUUAUCCUAGUUGACACGAGACAAAAGGACGUGGAGGCUGGCACCAUCCGAGGUUCCAUCAACCUCCAAGCUGAAAGUCUGCCGAUCACGUUGCCGUCCGUUUAUGCCCUCUUCAAGGCCGCGGGCCUCAGACUGGUGAUUUUCUACUGUGGAACGUCGGUUAACCGCGGAAGGAAAGCUGCAGAACACCUGACCGGCCAUAUUACUCGUGUGGGCGACAGAAAUAUGAAAAGCCUGGUUCUGGAGGGGGGCUUCAAGGGAUGGGCUGCGGCCGGAGAGGAGUAUGUGCGAUGGGUCGAUGCCGUUGAUGUGUCGUCGAGCUAG